AUGCACGUCACUUACUCCUGCGGCCGUAACCCAGCCCGUGUCUUCCCGUUGUGUGAUUACUGCGGGAAGAAAUUCUGCCAACCACAACACCUCCGCUCGCACCAAAAGCGCAUGCACGCAGAGGUAUGGUGCAUCGAGGCCAGUUGCAACGCGGCCUUCACCACGAAGCAAUGCCUGCAGUUCCACUACAAGAAGGUGCACGGUUACUCGGGCGACAACAUGCCCAAGAUCGAGCGCUGCAUCCCCUACACCUUCGACUCGUACUCGGGCGCUCCCGAGGACUCGUCCCAGAGUUCCGACCCGCCCCUCGCGCCGCUCACGCCCACGGAGGGGCCGCCCACAUCGCGCGCCGACCUCCUCCUCGCCGCGGCUGCCAAGCUGCCUCCCGCCGCGACGUUGCACGGCUACGUGACCAAGUACGCCGCCGCCACCCGGCUGGUGAGCAAGGGCUCCCGCAAGUGGCUCGGCGACCCCAUGGACAUGCCCGACCGCGACUACAACGACAGGGACGUGUACGACUUCGACGACAAGCUGGAGGAGGACCUGCUGCAGAAGAGGAAGAAGGACGAGGAGUGCGGCGGCGAGGACAAGCUGUACCGGCGCGAGUCGACCGCCUCGCUGCUGGUGGAGGCGGCGCUUAACGUGGCCGAGCAGAACAUGAAGAUGGACAGCCGCAACAUCGGCAGCCACGACCGCCUGCUGGGUUACAGCGGCCGCUACUCGCCGCUGCCGCCCGCGACAGUCGUCACGUCCAUCGAGCAGAUUCUGCCGCACGACGCCGCCCUCGCCACGCACAUCAAGUACACGACCAGCGCCGCCGACGACGAGCGGGCGCACCUCGAGUACACACUGGAGCGAGAGUACGACCCCCGAGACCUCCCGGAAGUGAUGGUCGUGCACGAGACGAUAGGCUCCCGAGACCUGCAUGACCAGCUCAGCCACGACCUGCAAGACAAUCUGCACGCCGCUCUCGACCAUCUCCCACCCACCUCCGUCAACGACGACCUGCACCAUUCCCACCACCACGUACAACACUCGGACCACGCCCACAAUCUCGCCCUGGUCAAAUCCGACGAGCUCCCGCCACCCACGCCCGCAACGCCCGUGGAUCCAGGAACGCCCAUGGCCCCGCCCACGCCUCUGAGUUCAAGCGGGGGUCUCGAGCCAACGCUGCACGUACUGGACCAGCUGCCCGUGACCCAGGGCCUCCCGGUGUCGCUGUCCUCUCUGUCGGUGGGCCUCGACAUGAGCUACAAGCACUACCGCCACGCCGAGCUGACCCCCGUGAGCCAGGAGCACUGCCUGGCCGGCCAGCUCGACGACUCCGAGGCUUCUAUGGGGCUGGACCCCAUGGGUGAGAGCGCGCAGCUGUCGCCUCGGAACGACCACCUGGCGGAUCAGCUGCCGCUGCCCGAGCUCCAGCCCCACGACUUCCGGGGGCUAGCCGCCCUGCGCUCCCCGGAACCCCCGAGGUCGCCGUACCUGUCCCCGAGUCCCACUCCCGACGCGCUCCGCUCGUACCCCGCGAAUUCAGACGGAAUGCGCUCCCCUCUGCCUGUGGACCAAUGCGUGGACAUGUCGCGCGGGAACCUCUUCAUCCGCCCCGCAGACCUGGCCAGUCUGCAGCAGAGGUACCACGGGGAAGUCAGCCACCAGUCCGGGAGGACGCAGCUGUACGAGCUCGAGCGCGUCCCCUCUCACACGAUGGACCUCAGCAUGACGGGCCGCACCCUGACGUACACGAGCGACGCCCUGAGACCAGGCACGGUGUGCACCACGGUGUACGUGGCCGACUCCCACCACGACGAUCGCCAUUCCCUCGACCUCACUCUGCCCAGACACGACCCUGAGUUGCACAGAGCGAAUUCCCCCCUCCACGGCCCCCCCGUGACCAGGACCAUUUCAUCUCCCUCACAGUUAUCUCCUCACAAUCAGUUAUCUCCUCACAACCAGCUCUCGCCUCACAACCAAUUGUCCCCGAAUAAUCAGUUAUCGCCCCACAACCAGCUCUCCCCCAAUAACCAGCUGUCUCCCCACACUCAGUUGCCUCCGUACUCCCAACUGUCUCCCCAUGGUCAGAUGUCUCCGCUCGUGAGUCUGGGUAUGGUGGAGCGGGGAGGGGUCGGGAGCCCCCCUCUCUCUCCUACGGCUAACCCCCUCCCCCCCAUCAGCCGCAUCGUGGCCCCCUCGUCUCACUCCCCGUUGUUAACCUCGCGCCAAAUGUCUCCAAUACCAAGAUCGGAGCUGUCGCCCUCGUUCACCACGCACACCCACGGGGAGCUGUUCGUGACGAGUGGCGCCAUCCCCCUGCAGCCCAGCACCCCAGGCCCCCCUCUCACCCCCGGCCCCCAGCUCAGCAAGGAGAGAUCCUCGUCUCCCUACAACCAGUAUCCUUCGUCGCCGUACCCCAGGCACCAGCACCACUCCUCCCCGCCUCCCUCGUACCACUACCAGUAUUACUGACCUCGGCUUUCUCCUCCCCCCACCCAUUCCCCAGACAGAUCUCAAAUCUUCUUGGUUGACUCAGAAUACCUCGACGUCAACCCACCUUCCUCCUCCUCUUCCACCUCUUCAAAUUACUACUCCUAGUACUGUUUCAACGAUUUACGAUAAGCCUUUGUUAGCUACCGGGUGAAGAACUACCUAAUCAGUACUGGGAUUGUUCAUGCUACUUCUUCAUGUAUAUUUCACAACGACUGGGGAAUACCUCACCGAAGGCCCGACAUUCCCAUGGCAAUUUUUUACUCAGUAAUUUUUAAGUACUGUCGUUUAUUGUGGGCAUUUCACAUUCAAAGGACUGAUUUCAUAAUUUAUAAGCUCAAUUCAUCAAUACUGAUAACUCAAAGGUUUUUACUAACCGUGAUAUCAACUUGACUACAACUGACGAGUUGUGCUUUUUUAUAUCCUAUGGGUAAAUACUCUCUUGUAUAUGUGAUUGACACACCCUCCCUCCUCUCGAUCACCUACAUUGUCUUCCCUGUUUUUCCUCCUUCGUGGUGUGGGGGCUGCCCUUUGUAAGACGGUUGCCCUUUUGGCUUCUGGAUGAACAGAACGACGAUUAACGUCUGUCAGAGGGCCUGUAACUUCCUCAUGUUUUGUGUCUAGGGUCACAAGUUUUCUAUUACUUUUUGGAUACAUUUUUAACUUAGUUGUGACCCCAACUUUAAUCGUGUAUACAUGAUUGCCUCUUCCAACUCAGGGAGUGCUGUUUUAUGGAGUUCUUUCCAGUGAUUUGAGAGGCAUGACCCGUGUGGGCCUGGUUGGCCACCGAGCAGUGGACAAGUUGAAUUGCUGAUACACUCCUCCUAUGCACUCAACCAUUACAUAUGCAAAUGCAAUAUAUAUGCAAUGUGAAACGAAGCCUGGUUAUUGCAUAGGCCAUGUUUGUGCCCCGAGCAGAGCCAGGCGUUGAGCUGAGUCACUCAAGAGGCGGGGUGAUGACUGACCUGUGUGGGCUAAUGCCUCCCGAAAGCCACCACGGCCCUCAGUGGCUGGUGUGAGGAGGACUCACCCACCCUCCUAAAAUGGCACCCACUGCAUCCUUAUUUUCAAUUUCGUGCCAAGACGCGGCGCGAGGAGGCCAAGCCUUCCGUGCGGUGGUCGCAUUUCACAGGACCCUGGGACUGUUGUUUGAACCAAAGGUUGUAGAGAUGGGAAUGAGAAAGAGAAAAGUAUAUAUUUUGCUGUUAAACAUUUUUUCUAAUACGUUUCUUUCACUAGUUUUUCUCAACUGUGAGUUGUGCUGAUUCUGAGAGUAUUGAGAUUAUGGUAAGCGAACAAUUUUGGGGUGAGGACUCCCAGGGCAGCCUGUCAUUUUCUUUAUCAUUAUGUACAAAGGGAGAGAGUGAAAAAGCUCGAUGUGAACCUUACGUGCCAAUGUUUCUAGGUAACACUUGUUAGCUACUGUGUCUGAAUCAUUCAUGUUGACGAUAUUUGAAGGUGUUGCAAUUGUUUUACGUGUGAAAAUGGAUUAUCAGUGUCUCCUUUGGAUUUGUGUACUUAACUGGAUUGGGAUUGAAUUCAAAGCAAUAAAGUAAGAUCGCUCUCAGUGCACCAAGCCAGGAGUGCGCGCGUCAGUGAUGAAGGGAAAACUUGAUGACGUGUGGACUGGAGAAUGCUGUAAUUGGCCGUUUUCUAUGCUAAGAUUACGAAGGAUUUUCAUUAUGAUGAUAAGGGAUACUGCAGCAUUUUUUUCUAGUUAUUGUUGUGAUGUACUUGAUUGUUCCUGUUCCAAUGAGAUGUUGUGAUCUUUGUUUUCAUUGAUACUUUUUUAACAUGGGAUGUUUGUACUCAUUAUCAACGAAGAAAAUGAGAAUUGUAUGGUAGGUGUGUAGACUAAGAUUGAUUUUUACUUGAUAUUCAUUAGUUAAUUUGAUAAGUUUUACAAUGAUAAUUAUGCUCUAGUGUAGACUUCCAAAAGAAGACAAAAACACAUGCAGUAUUUCACAAAAUCACCACAAUAAGAAAUAACAAUUAAACAAAGCAAAUGUACAUCAGACCAAUUCAAAAUAUAUCUUUUGAACUGACAUUUUGCACAGUCACACAAGGAAAUUAUAUUUUUGGAAAGAUACUACUAAUAAUCUUUAAAACAAAACGAUGAUAAUAAUUACGACAU